UGAGAAUACAUCAUGAUUCAGACUGAUCCUCCGAGUCUUCCUUCGAUUUUUUUUUUCUUAGGUUGGAUUUAGGGUUUUCGUUGCCCGAAUAAUGGUUAUAUUUCAGGUCCUGAAUUCAUUCAUAUGCUUGACUGAUGUGCGUCUUCGUGGUUCUUGAUUAGGAUUCUUGAUCCGCAUUGUUCUCCAUGAAUUUCUUCUCCCCUCUCCUUCGCCUAUCGAAUCUCUCUAUCUGAAUUAUUGUGCGAUUGAAAUUCUGUGAUGUUGUUGGUGUCGUUCUUGGUUCCUUCAAUUGUUUGAUGCGAUCCCUAAUUUGGAUCGAAAAAUCUAUGAAGACAAACUACUCAUCUGGGUUCAGCAACAGCCCCAAGUCAUUCCAAGCCUAUCCCAGAGGCGAUUUUGACCUAGAAUCCGGAACUGAUAAGAAAUCCAGAAAGCCCAAAAACAACCCCCCGAGAAUGAUCAAAUCAUUGGGAUGUGCAAUUCAGCACUACUACAAGCUUCAUCCUUUCAUGCUCUUGUUGAUCAGCCUAUCUGUUGGGAUUAUAGUCCUCCUUGUAUUAUCAGUAUACAGUGGCCAGUUCAAUGUGAUGCCUGGUUACAAGAAGUUUGAGAUGAAUAUGGGUAGUUACCCUUUUGCCAAGUACAGGAAUCUUGUAAUGGUGGCCGGGCAUUCAGUGUACACGAGCAGUAGCUGUGAGAAGGUUGAGAAGGAGGAUGCUUGGUAUUUGGAGCCAUACCAGAAGCAUCCAGGCCAAGCUGCAACAUUUGUGACUCAUAUACACAAGGGAGUGGAGGCUGCAGCCAAUGAUGAUGACACAUUGUUGUUGUUUAGCGGUGGAGAGACGAGGAAGGAUGCCGGCCCCCGCAGCGAAGCACAGAGUUAUUGGAUCGUCGCCGAGUCAAAACAAUGGUUUGGGAAACGAGACAGUGUUAGAGAUAGAGCACUCACUGAAGAACACGCCAGAGAUAGUUUUGAGAAUCUUAUCUUCAGCAUAUGCCGUUUCCGGGAGCUUACUGGUGCAUAUCCCCACAAUAUAACCGUUGUAGGAUAUGACUUUAAGGAGGAGAGAUUUGUUCAUCUACACCGAUCAGCAAUCCGAUUUCCUGAGUCAAGAUUCUUCUAUGUGGGAACCCCCUCAUCCCACAAUUCAAAAGAAGCUGCACUAAAAGGCGAAGCCUUGGUGAGGGCUCAAUUUCAGGAGGAUCCUUAUGGAUGUUUAGGUUCGCUACGCCACAAAAAAGUUGGUCGGGAUCCUUUUCACCGGUCAAUCCCAUACCCAAAUGGAUGUCCAGAAAUUGGGAGCUUGUUCAGGUAUUGUGGAAUUGCCCCAUACCCAGGCUGGUUGCCUUGGGAUUAAAUUAUCAUAUGUAUAUAUAUAUAUAUAUAUAUAUCUUCCCUUGAUGGGAUUUUAGGAGAAAUUUGUGAAACACAACAUUGUAGAAAAAGAUACCACAAUGAUGAGUCUAUGAGGAAAUUUAGAUUUAGGGUUGGGCUUAUCACCUGUGUCUUCUUACAUUCCCUGUGAAAAAUGGAAAAUGAGCUGCCUGUCUUAACAACUUUAUAGAGGAUGAGUUAUUUAUCUAUCUAUUGAUCUAUCAGUCUUUUAUUUAGACAUGAAGAU